GGCAGACAUUGCAUUGGCAUGGCUGUGUGCAGCUCAGCCCUGCGCUCUACAUCCAUGAGGCUCCUGCUUGGACAUUUGGAUUCUCUCUGCACAGCAAGACAGCCUUGAUACAGAGCCGGACAGGGUAACAUUGAGCUGUGCUGUGUUCUCACAGCAUGUUGCAGGGCAUUGGCAGAUAGAGAGGGAAUAAUAAGGGGGGACAACCUUACCACACACUUGAGCGAUGUUCCGUGAGCUCCUCUCUCUCUCGUUUCAGACCGUCAGGCUUUUCUGCACAAAGACCUGGGACUAAUGGAGGGAUGCAAUGAUUUUACUCUUUGCUUGUCAUGCUUGAAUCACGGCUUCAUAUAUCCUUUUGUGUCAGAGACCUUAUUGUCUUUGUCUGUCACUGCCGCCAGAUCAACAGUGGGGUAGCGUGGCGGACAGAUCCCCCUCCUCAACCCCCCUCUCCCUUGUCUGUGCCCCUGGCUUCUCGUCACUCCCAGUUUGCUCGUGUCUAUUUACCUCUCUUAAGCUACCCUCCCCUCUCUGUUAAGCUCUGUCUUUCUUGUGCUCCCACUCCCUACUGCUUACUAUCUCCCUCUUUUUGCCCCUUCAAAGUAGGCAGUCUGCUGUUCCAUCCAAGCAGCUUGCUAUAUGAUCUCCUGGAGAACAGUUUUCGCUGCUGCUCUGCCGUCUCACAAUUCCUGAGUCCCAGAUUUCUAUCUCUCCAACAACAGCAGGAUGUUCCUUCAAGAGGAUUGAUCCCCGUCCACCCCCUUUCACUUUCCCCUUCCCCUUCCUUGUCCUGAUCUCCUGCCCUUUGACCCUCACCCUUUUGUUCUCUACCCCCACCCACCCUCUCCUAUUUGCCCUUACCCCGAGCCUCUUUCCCCCAUAAUUCAUUUCACCCAAUUGACCAUGUUGCCAUGUGUCUGCUGGCUCCAACUUAUCCUCAUCUUGCUGUCCUUUGUCUCAUGGACCCGGGGGGAAAACUGCCCAGCAACCUGCCUAUGCCCAGAUCCUCACACUGUGGACUGCAGUGGCCGUGGGCUGACCCGUCUACCCAAUGAGAUCCCCUUGGAUGUGCGCAGGCUUUUGUUGGCUGACAACUGGAUACCCCGAAUCCCCUCGGACUUCCUGGUUCUGUACAGUGACUUGGUCUACCUGGACCUCCGGAACAACUCCCUCUCCCACAUUGAACCAGGGACUCUUAGCACCUCUUCCAGGCUGGUCUUCCUGGACCUGGGCAGCAACAAUCUGACCGAAAUCCCUAAGGGGACGUUUGGAGAGUCCCGGAGCCUGAUCAAAUUAAGGCUGGGAAAUAACCCAUAUCUGAGCAUGGUGAGUGAGGAGGCAUUCCUGGGCCUAACCUCUCUGAGAGAACUGGAACUGGAGCGUAAUGCACUGUCUACCCUAAAGGUUGGGGCACUGAGUCAGUUGCCCUCCCUGCGGGUGGUGAGGCUAGAGGGCAACCCCUGGGUGUGCAACUGCAACUUUGCUAACCUGUUCACCUGGCUGAUGGAGAACAGUCACAAGCUUCCAAACGGUGUGGAAGGCAUGGAGUGCUCCCUCCCCAUGGAUGGCAGACGUGUAUCCCUGACGCAGCUCUCAAAGGACAGCUUCCGUGAGUGCCAGGCAACCCUGACUCUAACAGACCUGCUCAUCAUAAUUUUCUCCGGCAUCUCUGUGUCUGUUGUGGCCAUCAUGACAAGCUUCUUCCUGGCUUCAACUGUUCAUUGCUUCCAACGCUGGAGUAAAGGCACCAAGGGGGAUGAGGAGGAAAGUGAGGAGUGAGAAGGAUUUACCUUUAAGGACUCACAUGGUCCUGGUACUUAAAACAAUGAGAGGACACUGCAGACAGUGUGUGCUACAUGUGUCAAGCUUCACGUUGCUUCCUCCCUGGUGAAUAUCCAGGGCUGUUUAACAGUUUGAUAUUUCCCUGGUACGGUUGCAAUUGUUUUCUUUGCAGAUGGACAUCUGAAAUAUGGAAACAAAGGACAUUCCCAAGGAAUAAGCCAAAAUCCCAAUAUACAUUAGUGAGUGCCCUGAUGCACUUGCAAAAUUAUAUAAUGAGUAUAGAGAUCGUAUUUUGGCUGUGACAGCCUAUGGUCAUCUUUUGUGGCUACUGGCUCUUGGCUCGAUGUUAUAGGUUAGAGGCCUACACAAUGAUAAGGAUACCUAAUUAAAAUUAAACUAGUGCUACAGUUCUGUCACAUUAGUCUUAGACAUGGCAUUAACUUCUCAACAUGUAAUCACAUUGGACAUGCAACUCUGGAGUCUGAACUCCUAUAAAAUGAGAUCAAACUUAACAAAACGUUCAGGGGUAGAAUGCUUGACCCCAUAAAAAAGGAUGUCACACUGACCAAUGACCUCAGUAUUUAACUGCCUAAACAUGAUAUGCUGGCAUAUCCUGCCAUUUACAAUGUCUUUUUUGGACUGCCUCACUCAAUAUAACAUUCAAAAGUGAUUCAUAAGCACCUGAGAAGGUCAAUACUGUUGUUCCUUCUGCAUGUAACUUUAGACAGUGGCAGAGUUCUCAGUCGAACAAGAAGGAUUUGGACAAUGGUUAGAUGUUAGGUAGGUGAUGUACUGUAGGCAGGAAGAGUUUCCAGUGGGUCUUCUUUCAGCAGUAUAUUCAUUAUAUAAUCACAAAUGUACGUACAAAAGAAAACAAUGUACAGUCAAACAAACAUAAAUCAAGAGGAUCUACUGUAUAUUCCUUAGAUUGGUAACUGUGAACUGUGUAGAAAGAUAUAGAAAGAUAUCUAAAAUAACAGUAUAAUCUUGAAAAUGAUGGCAAAUACAGUAUAAAAAUAGAGUCUACGUAGAACUAUUGUGUCAAAUACCGCACUUUAUAUGGUGAACCUAAUUAUGGCAAGCCCCUAAUUACACUAUGUAGACUGGUUUUGUCUUUAUCUGCCAAAGAGUAGGUUUAGGGGAAGGAGAGAUUGCAUGUAAGGACUUUCAAACAGAAGGCAGCACUAUAGCCAAAUCACACUCUAUAUACGCAUACUCAGUAUUGGUCUCCAAAGAUUACCAUUUUUUCCUAGUUUGUUAAUGACUGAACUAGCUGUCUUACUUUGCUCCAUCCAUGACAGGAGGUGUGUCUCCUGAGGAUUAAAUAGACUUGUUUUCUUUAACAUUCAGAAUUGACACAGUUAGCCUAUACUCCUUUUACUAAAGAUCUUCCAAUAUCUUGUAGUAAAGCACCUGAUUUGAUGUCCUGGGAACAUCUCAUAUCACAACUUUUAAUGUAUCAACAGCAUCCGCAUUCACAAGAGCGACGUUACAGUAAAAUCUAAAUUAAAUAAAGCAGCACCCUGAAUAUUAUGGGUUUCUGUUUGUUAUUUGCAUCCUGUAUGUUUAAAUCCACCUUUUGGAUUUGAAAUGCUCAAAGCUGGACUCUUUGUAUUUUUCCCCCAAAGCUAAGGUAUGUUACGUUGCUUCUCACAUUCUUGUAAGGCAUGCAUAAUUCAGCAAAAUGGAGAUAUGAAAAAGAAAGAAUGUUGAGCCUCUUCAUGCAAACAAGCAGAGAAUAGAAGAGCCAUGAGCAAAUAGAGUCAUUGUUUCUGUGUGGUUAACAAAAGAUAAAAGGGAAUUCCAAAUGCCAAUGUCCCUUUAGAACAUGUCAUUACCCUGAAUGUGCAGUAUUGGGAGGCACAUUUCACAGACAUGAUAAAUGUGGCCUUAUUUACUUUUGUUAUAUUUCAUUAGUAUCAGCAACAACUGAGCACAACGAUGUCACUAAUGUGAUUCUAGUACGCUCUUUCAUAUUAUAUGUUGGUACCAGCUUGUAUUGUCACAGUAUGUUUUCAUUAAUGUGUAUUGUCACAUGUUGAAUUGAAAAUGCCACAUCCAUAUAAACAUGGUAAGAUUUGUACUGUAUGGAUGUCAUGUAUUUUCCAGAAUGCAUAACAUGUAGGACACUUUGAAGACACAUGUCCAUUAGAAAUUAAUUAUAACAGCCAACUGACCUUUCGCUUAACCCCUUCCCCCGAACAGUGAUUGUCGAAUCCUAGCUUUGUGACUGUAACUAGGCACAUUGGCAGGCCUGUCAAGCUUUGAAUUUCUCCACAUGUUUAAGUGGUCUAAGAAGAGUGAAAUUCUGUAUCUCAAGAGUUUGGAGGGUGGGAUCUUUUUAAUGUUAGCUGCAAACAUUAGCAUGUCCAGCUAACUAGCUUGCUACCUACAUUUGUAACUAAGCAUUACUUGCAAGGGCUGUGGGCUAUAAUUAGCUUACAACAUUAUUUUAUAUUAGAAUUUUAGAAUAAUGAUCUGCAGCUCUGUCUCAUUUGUUUCCAAAUGUUAUCAGACUGAAUAGAUCAAAUACUGAUUACAUUAGCUUGCUACACUUAUAAAAUCUUUUUGCUGACAAAAUCCAGACCUAGUGUGUUAAAAAUUACUGCAACUUCGUAAAUCUGGCACCGUUAUCUCAGGAUGCAGUGUGAGAAUAGAAAGGUUGACAGGCCCUGCAUGACAAAACUAAGGAAUGCGUGGCUUAGUGAAUGGGCAAUUCUAACAUUUAAUUCAGUACAGUCAUAAAGGGAAAUGCCACUGAAUUUCAGAUUUGAAGUCUGUUAUACUUAUUUCUUAUGACAGUUUGGUCAGUAUUAUUAUAACAACACCUAGUAUUCCUUACAGCCAGAGUGAACCGGUGCCCUCUUUCACACGGAGACAAUGAGAGUAUUUAGAUACUCAACAUCCAACGAAAGUGUAAAAACUAUUUGAGUUUGAGUCCAGAAAGUGAGUUCCCAAUUGUUGACAUGAGAGGAGCAGGUUCUUAUCUUCAGAAAACAAAAAUAAACAUUUAAAUGCUUAAGACCACAAGAAUAGCUAAAUUGGAUUAAUAACAUUGAGUGGUUUUCACCUGAGAAAUUGCUUUCUUAACUGAUACCUGAAGGUGCAGACCUUAGUCAAGGAAUCAGAGGGAGAGUUUUUAUACAUAUCAUUAUUAUUUCCAACUACUGUGUAGUUACUGUAUAUUGACAAAUUAUUAUGUUAGCUUAGCUAUUAGCUUGAAGCAUAUGUUAGCAUGAUGAUUUCCUUUCUCUUACUCAUUUUAUUUAGUAACAAAUAUCAGCACAUUAGAGCAUGCACUGUUGAGCUACCUACAGUAUAAAGUUCAGAUUCAUGUCUAUUUUUCUAUUAAACCUUUCAGAAAGAAGCAGUCCCCAAAGUCAUUUUCUAGCAUUGCUCACCCUCAAAAUCGGUGGCUGCUGUCAUAAACUUUGUCUUGACAUUGCAAAAUACCAAAAUUCACGUUAUUUUUUGUCAGAUAAAUAUCAGAAUGGCUCAAAUUUAAAUUAAGUAACAGAGAAGAGUGUGACAUUGCACAGCUGAAUGCAUUUCCAAAUGUCAAACAGACCAUAUGUGUAGCUGUAUAUUGAUGUUUGGUAAAAAAUAAAUAAUUAAACACAUUUUUUUCUGUC